AAGGGAUUAAGGUAAUUUUAUAAUUUAAAGUUUAAAUAGUUUUUGUAUUAUUUCUUUCGUUUUUUCCUCUCUAGCUACUUCCUUCAGAUAAAAGGACUCUCUUUCUCGUGGGUCAAAUUUCUGAGCUCGUCCAAUUCCAAUGGCGGAUCCAUCUACAAUGGUUGAAGCUCCUUCUACCAAGCCAUCCAUCACUCACGUUAUUUUCGACAUGGACGGCCUUUUAUUAGAUACAGAAAAGUUCUACACGGAAGUCCAAGAGAUUAUCCUUGCAAGAUACAAUAAGACUUUUGAUUGGUCUCUCAAGGCCAAACUGAUGGGUAGGAAGGCAAUAGAAGCUGCUCGAAUUUUUGUGGAAGAGAGUGGAAUCAGUGACUCACUCUCAGCUGAAGAAUUUCUUGUAGAGAGAGAAGAUAUGCUGCGGAGUUUAUUCCCCUCGUGUGAACUCAUGCCAGGCGCCAGUCGUUUAAUUCAGCACCUCCACGCGAAUGGAGUACCUAUUUGUGUUGCAACUGGUUCACACAAAAGGCAUUUCGAGUUGAAAACUCAAAGGCACCGUGAACUCUUUUCACUGAUGCAUCACGUAGUUCUUGGUGAUGAUCCAGAAGUCAAACAAGGGAAACCUUCACCUGACGUGUUCAUUGCAGCUGCCAAAAGAUUCGAGGGUGGACCAGUUGAUCCACGCAAGAUACUGGUUUUUGAAGAUGCACCAUCUGGUGUAUUGGCAGCUAAGAAUGCCGGCAUGUCGGUUGUCAUGGUUCCGGACCCAAUAUUGGACAAUUCAUAUCACCAAACUUCUGAUCAGACUAUAAGCUCUCUCUUGGACUUCAACCCGGGUGAGUGGGGCCUUCCACAGUUCGAAAAGGCUGCAGCCUGAUUUCACAUUCGAUCAAAACAAACCCCAAACUGUUAUGCUCCUGCUGAAAAUAAUUGAACCUUUUUACGAUUCUUGAGAACAAAUUCGAUAUUUCUUCUGGACGAGCCUGGUAAAUUAUGGCGGGACAGCCCAUUAUAAAAAAAACUAACUCGAAAUUUAUUAUAAAGCAGAUUUUACUGGUGCUUGUUUUUUAUUAUUUAUUGUUGGUUUUUUGUCCUUUGAGUUUGGAAACUGGAUUCAUACACAACCUUCUGAGCAAAUGCCUGAGAGCUUUUAAAUCGGUUUUAUUUGUGGUUUUUAGCUAAAAAAAAAGGACGAAAAUCAAAAUAAAAUGUUUCAUCAAAUGAUCAAGUUGAGCCCCAUCUCUCUGUUUUCUUGAUUUAACCUUUUCUGGCAGUAUUCUGAUUUUCUUACCACACACAAAACCCCUGCAUUCAUCAUCAUACAUUAUUUAACUCAACAAUAAUAGGUAAAAGAAAGUAAAUAAAAAUAAUUACUAGAAUUAGAGGCUUACUUCCAAUUAAGGUCACCCACUAAAACCAGAUCAUUUUCCAUGUCCUCAUAAGCUAUAUGCACAUGUCCAGGGACUGCACUUGAAAGAUCAAGAACACAGCCAUCAUUAUUAUUAUGAUAGUUUUCAUCUUAUUGUAAUUACUAAUUAUUAUUGUCGAUUGUGUUAUAAUUAUCGGCAAACAUCAGCCUGAGAGCUAUUGCCAGGCUCCAGUAGCUGCCGUGCUUGUUCAGGCUUAUCCCGUG